CGGGUGGAGAACUGCUUUUAGUUUGCGCUGUGUUUAUUGUUAAGGUUGUGUGGAUUAGCACUGCGGUACCCGGUUCCUUUUCAUAAUAUCAACAGUUUAUCUUUAACGAGUUACAGAUGCGCGACGUGUCCUGAGCUGUCUACUUGGGGAUGACAGCUGGUGUUUCCAGUGGCUGAUGGGGAACGAAUUUAUGAAAGACAGCGAGGAAAAACAUGGCUGAAGGAAAGGUGAAAAAAGAACCAUGAUACUGCAACAAAACUGAUCCACGCCUGCUGCAAAGGAACACCCUCAUCAUGGCGAACUCAGUGGUCCAAGAAGAACUUCUACCGCCUCAGUCCACCUCCUCCCUCUCUCCUUUCCCAUCUCUUCUUGGUUCGGGAGAGGAUGUUGAGGACGACAGGGGGGAGCUGGUGGAGGGGGACAAGGGAGUAGUAGAUGGUGAAGAAGAGGUGGUUCUGGACAUGGUGACGUCGUCAGUGUCGGGUCAACCCCAGCAGCCCGAGCAGUCGGACCAUCCCUUCCAGUGUAUGGACUGUGGGAAGAGCUUCAAGUGGUCGUCCAGGCUGACCCACCACCAGCGGAGCCACAACAAUGAGAGACCAUACCGCUGCAACCUCUGCCCCAAGGCCUUCAAGGGCUCCUCUGCGCUUCUCUACCAUCAACGGUCUCACUCGGGGGAGAAGCCGUACAAAUGUCUGGAGUGUGGCAAAGCCUUCAAACGCUCCUCUCUCCUCCAGGUCCAUCAGAGUGUCCACACUGGAGUGCGUACCUUCUUGUGCCCCUAUUGCCCUCUGACCUUUAAAUGGAGCUCUCAUUAUCAGUAUCACCUGCGCCAGCAUACUGGAGAGUGUCCUUACCCCUGUGACACUUGCCCCAAGGCCUUCAAGAACUCAAGCAGUCUGCGGCGACACAAGAAUGUCCACCUUGGUCUCAAGCCUUACACCUGCUCAGUGUGUAACAAAUCCUUCACUCAGUCUACCAACCUGAGGCAACACAUGCGGAUCCAUACAGGUGAGAGGCCUUACAUCUGCUGUGAGUGUGGACGAAGCUUCACACAUUCAUCAAACUUGGCCCUGCACAAGCACUCGCACUCCAACCUCAAUGCAGGAGGGAAGGAGGAAAAGAGGGGCGAGGAUGUGAGGAAUGGAAAUGAGGUAGUGGAGGUGGUGGUCGGGACAGAGGAAGUGACAUCGUCCAUGUUGACGGACAUGGUGGGAUUUGUCAGCCAAGAGGGAACUGAUGGAGUCGGGGUGGGGAUGGAAGAAGUGUUCCUGUCAACCACCCCGUCCGGGCAGAAUCCAAACCUUCUCCCCCAGCUCACUCUCACCUCCUCAGUGGAGGGCGUGUGUGCUUCUAGGUCCAUCGGGACAGAGGUUCACCUGAGCACACACACCGGGGCCAGUUUGCUGCUGUACAGCUGCGGCAGCUGCAGCCACACCUUUGGCACACGGACGGAUCUCGAGGAGCACCAGGUCAUCCACAUGGCUCCAGAGGGACAUGAGGCAGACAGAGAGGCAGGGCCUGGAGCAGGGAUGGAGGUUGGGGAUGGGCUGGUGGGAGCUGGUCACCUGCUGGCCGAUUUUGAGGAGGUGGUAGAGACUACCACAGUGGCUGAAAAUGGACACACAACGGAGGUGCUCCUUGGUCUGACAGAGGGAGCAGAUGGCAACAAUACAAAUGUGGGAACCACCCAGGCCCAGUUUGACCUGCUGCAGAGCUUCACUGAGGUGACUCAGAGCUCAGAGACCGUUCAGCCAGAGCCCAGAACCACAUGGGCAGGGCUGUCAUGUGGCUACUGCAAUAAGACCUUCAAGACCAGUGGAGGCCUCAAUAGACAUGUGUCACUGAUGCACGCUCUAUCAUCACAGUCCCGCUCCCAGUUCAGCUGCUCCGCCUGCGACCGCUCCUUCCCCCUGCUCUCCUCACUCCUCACCCACCAACACUCCCACACGCCUGAGCAACGUCUCCUGGCUGAGGCAGAGGCUGAGAUAGUGUGCCCUCCCUCCUUUUCCCUGUCUCUCCCCCUCCCCUCCUCUCCUAGCCAGGCCGACAAGCAGCAGGAAGGCCAGAGGGAGAUCCACGUCAACAUCAUUACCGUCGGGGAGGAGCAAGAAAAACAACCGGCCAAACCGACCAAAGCCCCCAAAAAGACCGCAGGCAGCAAGAGCACUCCUGCUGGAGAGAGGCCAUACCGCUGUUCGGAGUGCGGAAAAGCCUUCAAAGGUUCAUCGGGGCUAAAGUAUCACAUGAGGGAUCACACUGGGGAACGGCCCUACCGCUGCACCGAGUGUGGAAAGAGCUUCAAGAGGUCCUCUCUGCUUUCAAUCCAUCAGAGGGUGCACACAGGCGUUCGGGCAUUCCAGUGCCCUCACUGCCCUCUCACUUUCAAAUGGAGCUCUCACUAUCAGUACCACUUGCGGCAGCACACAGGCGAGAGGCCAUAUGUGUGUAAGGAGUGUGGCAAGUCCUUCAAGAACACCAGCUGCCUGCGGAGACACAGUCAGAUGCACUCCGGACUGCGGCCUCAUACCUGCUCCAUCUGCUCAAAGUCUUUCUCCCAGACGUCCAAUCUCAAACAGCAUGAACGCACCCAUUCUGGCGAGAGACCCUUCCAGUGCACACACUGCAAUAAAAGCUUUACACACUCCUCCAACCUCCAGCUCCACCUUCGCACACACUCCUCAAGCAAGGAUUUCAAAUGCCCAUACUGCUCGAAGGAGUUUGUCAUGCACUCCUACUUGCAGAGGCACAUCCGUACCCAUGGCAGUGGCGUUCCACUGCCCUGCCCUGGUGGUGGAGGUAAAGACGGAGUGGCUGUAAACGCCAGUGUUGGGGGAGUAACGACCACCACAACCCUGCUCAACCCCAUCACCUUGGAAACCUCAGGAAACCAUGGCAGCCUGAUUGUGUCCCAGCCAGCACUUAAUAUUCCCCCUAACACCUCCCAGAACUACUUUAUGAUUCAGACAGCCAGCGGCCUGCAGCUCAUUCCUCUGUCAUCCCCUCCGCCAGCUCCUCCACCUCCACCACCUCCACCUUUGUCCCAGCCCCAAAACUUCUUCCUCCUCCAGUGCCCCUCCAAUAAUGGCAGCCAAUCCAGCUUGAUCCUCGUCCCCACAGCAAACCAUCCACCAGCUCCAGAGCCUCAGCCUCUUCCUGUGCUUCAGACUAUCCAAGCACUCCAGCCCGUCCUAAACCAGACACAGACUCAGAUGUCCCACUUUCCGGCCAUUUCGCAGCAACAACAGCAGACCAGGUUCAUAUUCACCAACAAUAAUAACACUCCUGUUGUCAUGUCAACACGCACUCUCCCAGCAGCCAACUCCCUACUGACCAAGCCCAUUUUAGGGAAAAGUACGCGGACUGCUCGGGGCAGACGGGGGCGCAAACCAAAAGCUAGUCUUCCGAUGUCUGCAGCAGCUCCAGUCGGUCAGACAGCAGGUGGUGCUCCAUCAGUACUGAACUGUCAUGUGACGGGUGUCUCACAGACUGCUGCGUUCCCAUCUUCUGUAUCGACAGUGUCACACUGUCCCCUGUCAACAUCUUGCACUGCUGUCCCAAUUAUUCCAUCUUCCACCACUGUCGCCCCCACAGUGGACACCUCAGGACCCUCAUCAACUGUUACCAUGGUUACACCAGCCAUGACGGUACCAUCAGUUUCUUCUCUGGACCCUGCUACUCUGGAACCUCAUACCACAGUGGGGCAAAUAAGGACAGGGGAUACCAUGACGGGGAAACAGUUUGUGUUGUGUUUUGAUAAUGAAGGGCGCGCCAAGGAGGGCAUGAAUGUCGAGGAGGGCGGGCACUCAUACGUGUUGCAGUUCGAAGGGGAUGCAUCCGAAGAGGCAGGAGAUGGAGGGGUGGGCGGGGAGGGAAAAUCACUUGUGUUGCAGUUCAAGACAGAUGAGCAAGGUGAAGGCGCAAAAGGGGGGGAUAAGGGAGGGAUGAUGUCACUUAUGCACGAAUGGGAUGGAGAAAAACAGGGGCAGAGAGGGAUUGAAGAGGAAGGAAGCCAGGAAGAGUCUUACGUCCUCCAUUUCCAUACUGAGGCACAGGACAGCGAUCCAUCCAGUACUACCUUCAGCCAAGGGCAAGACACCAGCCUGCAGCUGUCCUGCACGCCAACCCAGAGUUUAGUGCCACUUGAUGGGCAGGAGGUAGUGUUUGAACUCGGGGGUGAGACCAAGAUGGAGCAGGACACUGAGGACGGUAUGCAGAUGAUAGCCUUGAUAGAAGGUGAAGGGGGAAUGAUGGGAGAAGAAGGUGCUGGUUGCAAUUCUGCAAGUGGGAGGGUGGAGGAGGGUGGAGGAGCCAUGGAAGGCAUAUUUCAGCUGGGAAAUGGAGAGGAAAUUGUCAUAAUUGAGGUCAGCACCAGUAGUUUAAGUGGAGGGGAUGGAGAGAUCUCACUAAGUAGUGAGGUGAAAUACGAAAGUUUAACAGUUGAGCCAAAUGAAAAGUCUGUGAAGGAACAUGGCUCUGCAGCCAGUACAGAGGCACAGACAUCAACUGAGGACACUAUAAGAAAUGGACCUAUACCCAACUCUAAAGAGAUGCAGUUCUGAGUGUGCGUGUGCGUGUGCGUGUGCGUGUGUGUGUGUGUGUGUGUGUGUGUGUGUGUGUGUGUGUGUGUGUGUGUGUGUGUGUGUGUGUGUGUGUGUGUUUGUGUGUGUGUGUGUGUGUGUGUGUGUGUGAGAGAGUGAGUGAAUGCCUCACUAUUUGUGGGCUCGGUGUGUUAGCACUUUAGUUUGAGUUUUCUCCUGGAGCUGAGGGAGAACAUGCAGUUAGAGGAGUACUGUAUCGUAAUCCCAUGGUGCCACAUACUAGAAAUGUUAUACAUUCAAAUAGGCUGUACAUGGACCUCGGAAUAUUCUUAAAUAUAUUACUUUCAAUGAUACUGUCAUUGGCAGUUUGUUUAUGAAGUAAAUACGUAUUUUGUGAAUAAAUGUUGUACAUGACCCACUUUCUUUACAAUGUCAAUAGUAAAUAGAAGUUAAUAUUAAUAAAUCUGCCAAUACCCUUUCA